AUGGGGCAAGGCAGCAGUCUGGAGUGCUGCAACGUGCGGGGCCGCGUCUGUGAAGUCGAUAGCCUCUUCGGAGAGGACGACUUCUUCAGGGAAGCUCGAUGGGACGACUUCCACGAGUGCCAGGAGGGCUCCUCCGAGCACGACGACCUCUUCCACGCGGCGUCGGAGCAAGCCUGGCUGAAGUGCGCCAAGGGCACCUUAGCUGCGAGCUACGCCUCCUUCGAGCUGCACCGGAGGGCUCGGCGGGCCAUCAGCGCCAUCUCCAGCCUCUCAGGCAGCCGGCAAGAAGGGGAUCCGCCACCAGUCACGCUCAACGCGUCUGAGGAGGUGAACUCUGCCAGCCAGUGGCUAGGGCGGACCAUGGCCCAGUGGACCAAGGAUGAACUGCCGCCGACAGGCGAAGGGCCCUACUGGGCUCGUGGCGAUGGGAAGGGUCUCAUGGUUCGACAAGGCCCCAACUACAAGAAAUUCAGGAACAAGGCUCAGUCGCAAGGGAGUAUGUACAGCUGUGUCUCCUGCGAUGCCAUCCGGUCCACCGUGAAGGUGCAAGACAUCGUGGGGCGCCUGGUUCCGGUGGAGGACUUGCCUUCGCAGGAAACCUUCGCAGCGCACUGCCCGGCGGCCUCGUCUUCCUCUGCGCGCUGGUCCACCGCCUGCAAGCUGCCAAGGGUGAUUUGCAUGAAUCUUAUGCUGCCCUACGACACGGGCAUCGUACCCUGGAGACAAGAAGAUCCUGGUGCAAGUUUCGUCGCUUUCUUCCACAUCAAUCCCACCACCGUUUCCUCCUCGAUGAGCAAAGAGCCUUCACCAGAGGUCAGGCAACUCAUCGACUUCUUUUCAGGCCCCGCGGGUGCGCCGCAGGGGGACCGCUCGGACCCGGACCGCAGCCUCGCCGGCCGCCUCGAGCCCGGCAGAAAGAAAGACGUCCAGUCUGGAAUCUUCAAGGCCAACGCAAAGUGUUUGAACCCAGAAGAUGUGAACGUGCCCGAGAUGCUCAAUGCCCCUCGGCUCUCCGGCUCUCCGUGGGCGGCCUGCUUAGCACUGAACGUGAAUGGCAACGCCAAAGCUCAGGCUGGCAACAUGAAUGGCAAGGUGACGCAGACCCAUUUUGGCGUGAGCAGUCGCGACUGGGAGAAUCGUGAAUGGGGCGAUGAGGCGGCGGCCCUGGAGGAGGACGCCGGCAUCUUGAUGACCCACGCGGCAGCUCAACAAGACAAAGUUAAAGAGCAAGGCUUCAGCAAGAAUGAGUCCUUUGAGGAGCGCGAGAGCAGGAUCAAGUGCAUGAAGGAAUGA